AUGUUUUUGCAGAGGACGCAGCCCCCGGUGCCCAUCGCCCCCCCCCAGCUCACGGCGGUGGGGGCCACGUACCUCUGGAUCCAGCUCAACGCCAACUCCAUCAACGGAGACGGCCCCAUCAUUGACCGUGAGGUGGAGUACAGGACGGUGUCGGGGACCAUGUACGACCUGCAGCCCGUGGACAAGACCACACACAAGAUCGGGCACCUGGACCCCGAUACAGAGUACGAGAUCAGUGUGCUGCUCACCCGGCCCCUGGACGGAGGCACAGGGGCCCCAGGGCCACCGCUGAGGGCCCGGACCAAGUGUGCAGCUCCGAGCCCUGGGUGGUGGUUUGAGGAGAGGGUGAUGCGCCCCUGGGACUCCCCUCCGGUCACUGUCCUGGAGAUGGAUGGCUGUGUUUGGUGA